AUGCCUCCCCAACUCCAAUCCCCCUCCAGACCCACCAACAUUCACACCCCGUCACAACCCCCCAAAACCACCUCAACCCUCCCCAACAAAAUCCAAAAACCCAGCCGCCGCGCCCGAAAACACCAACCAGACUCCACCCGAUGCUGGGACUGGCUCCUCCUCCCGGCCAGCAGCAACACGCACUUCGCCAAGAACCGCGCCUCGUUCGAGACGUAUCGGCGGGCGCCGUGCAAGAUCGCCAACCAGCGGGUGCUGGGCGUGGGGACGGUGCAGCUGCGGGUGCGGCGGGCGCCCAACGACCCGCGCACGACGACGCUCGUGCUGCGCGACGUGCUGCACAUGCCGCACGCGCGGUGCAAUGGGAUCAGCGUGGCGAAGUUUACGGGGGAUUUCUGCGACGAUUGCGGUGUUGGUGGUGGUGAUAAUGGGGGCUGGCGGAGGGGGAGUGGGACUGGUAGGAGGGGGAGGGGCAGUGUGGGAGGGCAGAGUGAGAGUGAGGAAGGAGAAUGGGUAGGGGAGUCCGAGGUUCCCCUGCCGGUGGUGGUCGGCGUGGAAGGGGAAGGCGAGGCGGAGCAUUUGCAGGUGCGGCGCGCGAGUACCACUAGUACGAUUAGCAGCUGCGGUGGUGGGGAGGAGGAUCGAGGGGAGGGGUUGUGGUUUGCGGAAGGGAGACCUGAGAGGGGGUGUUCGAGGGUCGUGUUGGCCGGGGAGAAUCAUCAUCAUCAUCAGUCGCUUGAUGUUGGGGAGUUGGCAAAUGAGCAAAUGCUGAAAGGACUCGUCGUCUCCAAGGAGGAGUUGGAGCUUUUGAAUGAGAGGGUCAGGAAUCGGUCUUGGGUCUGA